UGGGCGCUGAGGCUACCUGACCGGCUGGUGUGGCUUCAGGGCCGUGGAGGUAGGGGGGCCGGCGCCGGGCGGCGAGUUCCCGCUCCCCGGCAGUCCGCAGUCCUAGCAUUCGUAGCAUGUCCCCCGGGACCCGGGGACCCCCAGCCGGGCUUGCGUAGAGAAGACGCGGUCGCCCAGCACUUGGGUCCCGGGCGUCCGUCCCGCUCGCCCGUCGCUGGACAACUGCCGGGCUGAGCAGGUGGGAGAAGCAGGCCAGAACCGUCUAGGGCCUCGGGCCCGGGGCCCCGUGGAGGAUGAGCUGGCUCUUCCCCCUGACCAAGAGUGCCUCCUCCUCCGCAGCGGGGUCCCCCGGUGGCCUCACCAGCCUCCAGCAGCAGAAGCAGCGUCUGAUCGAGUCUCUCCGGAACGCACAUUCCAGCAUAGCUGAAAUACAGAAAGACGUGGAAUACAGGUUGCCAUUCACUGUAAACAACCUGACAGUUAACAUUAAUAUAUUGCUCCCUCCACAAUUUCCUCAGGAAAAACCAGUAAUCAGUGUAUAUCCACCAAUACGACAUCAUUUAAUGGAUAAACAAGGAGUAUAUGUUACCUCUCCAUUAGUAAACAAUUUUACAAUGCACUCAGAUCUUGGAAAAAUUAUUCAGAGUCUAUUGGAUGAGUUUUGGAAGAAUCCUCCAGUUUUAGCUCCUACUUCAGCAUUUUCAUACCUCUACAGUAACCCAGGUGGAAUGCCUCCUUAUGCUUCUCAGGGUUUUUCAUUUCUUCCUCCAUAUUCCCCACAAGAAGCUAACAGGACUAUCAGUUCUUUAUCUGUUGCUGACACUGUUUCUUCAUCAACGACAAGUUACACAACAGCCAAACCUGCUGCUCCUUCAUUUGGUGUCCUUUCAAGUCUGCCGUUACCUGUUCCCACCACAGACGCUUCAGCACAGAUAAGUCAGAAUGAUUUGGGUUACAAGAUGCCAGAUGUCCCUGAUGCAUUUCCAGAACUCUCAGAACUAAGUGUGUCACAACUAACAGAUAUUAAUGAACAAGAGGAGAUACUACUAGAGCAGUUUCUUACUUUGCCUCAACUGAAACAAAUUAUUACUGACAAGGACGACUUAAUAAAUAGUAUUGAGGAGCUAGCAAGAAAAAAUCUUCUUUUGGAGCCCAGCUUGGAAGCCAAAAGGCAAGCUGUUUUAGAUAAGUAUGAAUUACUCACACAGAUGAAAUCUGCUUUUGAAAAGAAGAUGCAAAGACAGCAUGAACUUAGUGAGAGCUGUAGUGCGAGUGCCCUGCAGGCAAGAUUAAAAGUAGCUGCACAUGAAGCUGAGGAAGAAUCCGAUAAUAUUGCUGAAGAUUUCUUGGAGGGAAAAACUGAAAUAGAUGAUUUUCUCAGUAGCUUCAUGGAAAAGAGAACUAUUUGCCACUGUAGAAGAGCCAAGGAAGAGAAACUUCAGCAGGUGAUAGCGAUGCACAGCCAGUUUCAUGCUCCGCUGUAGAUUUUCCUGAAAACAUGAACUGCCACGAGAGGAAUGGGACACAUAACUAAGCACAUUUAUAUUUAUGAUUUGCACAUUGGCAUUUCAUCACAGCAGCUGAAUUCACAGCUAUACUAUAGAUCGUAUACAGAACUGAUUUUGUAUACAUCAGACUGAUUGCUAUAAUCUUGACUUUGAGAAAUUUUUCUGCACUAUUUGCACUAAAAAUGUUUAUUUAUUAUUGAUAAAUCCUAUCAUAUUUAAGUUCCACUGCUCUUCCUCUCUUAUUACUUAUGCAUGUAAUUUUAGCUAGUUUUGAUAUUUUAUAAAAUGGCUUCAUUUGAAUUUGUACUUUUAAUUUGAAACUGCCUCAUUCUUUAUCAAAAAUGAUUUGUUUAGAUUUUUUCCUCAGCCUUUUAUGAAAAAUUACUAUUUUGAACUGUAGAAAAACUUAUUUUUCUUCUUUCUUUCUUUCUGGAUAAUCAAACUUUCAAAAACAAUUUCUUUUAAAUAUUUCUAUUGUCAGUAAACAAUAAACCUGCCAAUAUGCCAUCUCAAGAAAGUAACUUUUAAUACGAACAAUAAAUCAAAAAAAUAAACCAG